GGAGCGCGAUGAGCGAGGGCGCGGACAACGACGGCGGCGCUGGGGCCGCGGCGCGGUCUCCAGGGGGCAGUCCCGGAGGGGAUGGCUUCGCCCCGUCUGCGCUGGGCACCCGAGAGCAUUGGGAUGCUGUCUAUGAGAGAGAACUGCAAACUUUCCAAGAAUAUGGAGAUACAGGAGAAAUCUGGUUUGGAGAAGAGAGUAUGACUCGACUAAUAAGGUGGAUGCAGAAACACAAGAUUCCAUUGGAUGCUUCAGUGCUUGAUAUUGGAACUGGAAAUGGUGUUUUCCUGGUUGAACUUUUGGCAAAAUUUGGUUUCUCUAAUAUUACUGGAAUUGAUUACUCUCCUUCUGCAAUACAGCUUUCUAGAAAUAUUAUAGAGAAAGAAGGUUUAUCUAACAUUAAGUUGAAGGUAGAAGACUUUUUGAAUCCUUCCACAAAACUGUCUGGAUUUCAUAUUUGUAUUGACGAAGGGACUUUUGAUGCCAUAAGCCUUAAUCCUGACAAUGCAAUUGAGAAGAGAAAGCAAUAUGUGAAAUCUCUCCCCAGGGUGUUGAAAGUGAAAGGCUUUUUUCUAAUAACCUCAUGUAAUUGGACCAAGGAAGAGUUGCUAAAUGAAUUCAGUGAAGGAUUUGAACUUUUUGAAGAGCUGCGGACACCCAGGUUCAGCUUUGGAGGCAGAUCUGGAAACAGUGUAGCAGCACUGGUUUUCGAAAAAACGUGA